AUGAGGUACAGGCUGUUUGAAGAGUGUCUUGCUCGGUUGGAGAAGGCUGAGGGUGGCUUUGAUCAGUUCACACGGAGCUACCAGUCGUACGGGGUGCACAGACGGUCCGACAGUACCCUUCUCUUAAAGGAGUGGGCUCCUGGGGCCCAGGCUCUCUACCUGACUGGGGAUUUUAAUGCAUGGGAGAAGCUGUCUCACCCCUUCACUCCAAAAGCGUUUGGGAAAUGGGAGCUGUCUCUCCCUCCCAAACCCGACGGAUCUCCAGCCAUCCAGCACCUGAGCAAGCUGAAGCUUGUAGUCCUGACUAAAGAUGGAGCGUAUUUGUUUCGGAUCUCCCCCUGGGCAACGUACGUCACUAAGACACUGGACUCUGUCACCUACGACUGGAUCCACUGGGACCCCCCUCAGCCAUAUAAAUGCCAGCACCGAAGACCCCCACAGCCCCGCUGCCCGCGAAUCUACGAGGCUCACGUGGGCAUCGCCUCACCCCGAGAGGAGAUCGCCUCUUACAAGAACUUCAUCCUGGACGUGCUGCCCCGCGUUAAAGACCUGGGAUAUAACUGCCUUCAGCUCAUGGCCGUAAUGGAGCAUGCUUACUAUGCAAGUUUUGGCUACCAAGUCACAAACUUCUUUGCAGCCUCCAGUCGUUUUGGAACCCCGGAUGAUUUGAAGGCUCUGGUGGACCGGGCUCACUCUCUUGGUAUCAUUGUCCUGCUGGACAUGGUGCACAGCCACGCCUCCAGCAACACAGAGGAUGGACUGAACUACUUUGACGGGACAGACUCCUGCUUCUUCCACGCUGGACCCAGAGGAGAACACUCCCACUGGGGCAGCCGACUCUUCAACUACAGCAGUUGGGAGGUGUCCCGUUUCCUCCUCUCCAACCUGAGGUGGUGGAUGGAUGAGUAUGGCUUUGAUGGCUUCCGGUUUGAUGGUGUAACAUCUAUGCUGUACCACCAUCAUGGCGUUGGUGUGUCAUUUUCAGGGAGUUACUGCGAAUACUUUGGCAUGCAAGUAGAUGAAGAUGCUGUGGUGCAUCUGAUGCUGUCCAAUUAUAUCCUGCACAAGCUCUACCCGGACUGCAUCACCAUAGCCGAGGACGUUUCAGGGAUGCCAGGAUUAUGCAGGCCGAUCCAAGAGGGCGGACUGGGAUUUGACUAUCGAUUGGCCAUGGCUGUUCCCGACAAGUGGAUUCAGAUUUUAAAGGAAGUGAAGGAUGAAGACUGGGACAUGUGGAACAUCGUUCACACGCUCACUAAUCGGAGGAGAGGCGAGAAGUCCAUCUGUUACGCUGAAAGCCAUGACCAGGCGCUGGUCGGGGACAAGUCGUUAGCCUUCUGGCUGAUGGAUAAGGAGAUGUACACCAACAUGAGUGCGCUGAUCACCAUGACGCCUGUCGUAGACCGUGGCAUGCAGCUGCACAAGCUCAUCCGACUCCUCACACACAGCCUCGGGGGCGAGGGCUACCUCAAUUUCAUGGGUAAUGAGUUUGGUCAUCCAGAAUGGCUGGACUUCCCCAGGAAAGGAAACGAGGAGAGCUACCGCUACGCCCGCCGUCAGUACAACCUGGUGGACACUGAGCACCUGCGCUACCGACAGCUUUACGCUUUUGACCGCGACAUGAACCAGACAGAGGACAAGUAUGGCUGGCUGAGCUCUGGCCCGGCCGUGGUCAGCACUCUGGAUCAGGCUGAUAAGGUCAUCGUGUUUGAGCGAGCGAAGCUGCUCUUCAUCUUUAACUUCCACCCCAGCGCCAGCUUCAGCCACUACAGAGUAGCAGUGCAGCAUGCUGGGAAAUACAAGAUCCAGCUCAACUCUGAUGAGGUGAGGUAUGGUGGACAUGGGAGAAUCCAGAGUGACACAGAGUUCUUCACUGAACCGAUGGCCUUCAGGAACCAACUGCAUUCAUUACUGAUUUACAUUCCAUGCAGAACAGCUCUUGUUCUAGCUAAUGAAGACCAUGAUUAUAGCCGCUGAAUGCAGCCUGUGGAUGGAGUCCAGCUGAGGUCGAUACCCUGCAGUCUGUGCUCAUUUAAAGCAGGAUAUUUUGCAGCCAUUCGUUUCCGAAGAUAAGUGUGACUUCCAUUAUCCCAUGAGCCAAAACUGGAUAAGCCUGACCUCCUCUGUUUACAAACUAACCAAAAUAUGAAACAUCUUUCAACAACAGCUUCUCUCUCUUUUCUAUCUGUUGGUUUGCGCUUUUUCCAGCUCCACCUGCAAAUUUGACAAGGACAACAUGCCCCAGUUACUUCCCUCAGCAUUGUUUUUUUGUUUUUUUUUUCUUGUAAAGCGCAAGCUGCUGCUUUAUUGUACCUAAAUGAAUUCCUGAUUCUCGCUUUAUGCUUCCACAAAAAAGGAUGUUUUGUUUUGUUCCAUAAAAAAUACAGAUCAACUAGCACAAUCGCCUACCCACACCACCCUACAAUCUGUGCUACACACACACACACACACACACACACAGUCGCUUCCUGUGCUGAGAAUAAACACCAUGUGCUUUGCUGGAAAUGUGGCUUAGCUUUAGCUGCUGAUUUUAUGCGCUGGGCUGUGUUGCAGUGUGAAAAUGUUUUCAAGCAAAUGGAAAAUUAAAUGAGUAAUUUCACUGAAAAAAAA